AUGGAGCACAACCACCUCCACCUCCACAACGGCUCGCUCCUGGCGCACCACCAGUAUGGCUGUGGCCUGGGAUAUGCCCCCGUCGUCUACUACAGCCUGCUGCUCUGCCUCGGGCUGCCAGCAAACAUCUUGACAGUCAUCAUCCUUUCCCAGCUCGUUGCUCGCAGGCAGAAGUCCUCCUAUAACUAUCUUCUAGCUCUAGCCGCUGCUGACAUCCUGGUUCUGUUCUUCAUUGUCUUUGUUGACUUUCUCAUGGAAGACUUUAUCUUAAACAAACAGAUGCCUCAGGUACUGGACAAAAUAAUCGAGGUCUUGGAAUUUUCUUCCAUCCAUACCUCCAUUUGGAUUACUGUUCCAUUAACAAUUGAUAGGUAUAUAGCCGUGUGCCAUCCGCUGAAGUAUCACACAGUCUCCUACCCUGCUCGUACUCGAAAGGUCAUUGUAAGUGUCUAUAUCACCUGCUUUUUGACCAGCAUUCCCUACUACUGGUGGCCCAAUAUUUGGAUUGAAGACUACAUAAGCACAUCAAUGCAUCAUGUCCUUAUUUGGAUCCACUGCUUUACUGUUUACUUAGUGCCCUGCUCCAUCUUCUUCAUUCUGAAUUCUAUCAUUGUGUACAAGCUGCGGCGAAAGAGCAAUUUCCGACUGCGAGGGUACUCCACAGGGAAAACAACAGCCAUUUUGUUUACUAUAACUUCUAUUUUUGCCAUACUUUGGGCACCAAGAAUAAUCAUGAUACUGUAUCACCUCUAUGUAUCGCCUAUAAACAACAGCUGGGUGGUACAUAUUGUGUCGGACAUUGCCAAUAUGCUAGCAUUGCUGAACACUGCAAUUAAUUUCUUCCUCUACUGUUUUAUUAGCAAAAGGUUUCGCACAAUGGCAGCUGCCACACUGAAAGCCUUCUUUAAGUGUCAAAAGCAACCUGUGCAAUUCUAUACAAACCAUAACUUUUCAAUAACAAGCAGCCCUUGGAUUUCCCCUGCCAAUUCUCAUUGCAUCAAAAUGCUUGUUUACCAGUAUGAUAAGAAUGGAAAGCCUAUAAAAAUAUCACCAUGA